UCUCUCUCUCACUCUCUCCUCCUCUCUCUCUCUCUCUCUCUCUCUUUGCAACCACAAAACAUCAAAGAUAAACCUUCGACAAAGCAAAGGAGGCAAGAUAAUCAGAACAUGACUAUGAGGGUUAGGUGAGGAGUCUAUGGCUAUAAGAAGAGUUUUUUUUGUUUGCCUAGACCUUUCAUUCUUGUUCACUAAACCUAAAAAGCAGAAAGAACAAAGAAAGCAAAGCAAAAGAUGACCUUUCUGUUGUCUCUGACUUGUUAAGUGUCCUACAAAUUCAUUCAUCAUCAAUCAUUCAUCAUAAUCAUAUCAUAUACAGUAGCAGUCAUAACUAGCUAGUAAGUAAUUUCAGAUGGCUUCAUCAAAUAGGCAUUGGCCUAGUAUGUUCAAAUCCAAGCCCACCUGCAACACUCGCCACCACCACCAAUGGCACUCUAAUGACUCCAACACUCUCCUUUCUUCUGCUUCACCCUGCCACAGAUCUCCUUACACCUCUGGAUGUGAAGAAAGAAGCCCGGAGCCGAAGCCAAGAUGGAACCCGAAACCCGAACAAAUCCGGAUCCUAGAAUCCAUAUUCAACUCCGGAAUGGUGAACCCACCAAGAGAAGAAAUAAGGAAGAUCCGGGCACAACUACAAGAAUAUGGACAAGUUGGUGAUGCCAAUGUUUUCUACUGGUUUCAAAACAGGAAAUCAAGAAGCAAACAUAAAACUCGCAACCUUCAAAAAUCCCAAAACCACCUAUCUCCAACCACUACCAAAGUCACAACACCGUCGUCAUCUUCCUCAUCUGAAAAAUCAUACUCUAAGUCCAUUGACUUCCUUUUAAACUCCCCCACCGCGUCAGUAAACCAGCACUUUUGCGGUGGGGGAGUGGGUGGAGGUUUUCACCACCACCUCACCGAGUUCUCUCAAGAACAACCCUUUUGUUUCCCCGCAGUUCAGCAACCGCAGCCGCAGGUGACGGAUGCGGUUGCAACCACUACUGUGGGGUUUACAGAAGGGUUUUGUUUCUCGGAGUUUGGAAAUGUUGUUAGUCAUGGACAUAAUCAGGGAAAUGUUAUUGAGGCUGUUGAGAGUGGGUCUGGAAUGUUGUUAACUGAUUUGUUGAUGAUGAAUCAACAAAGUGUUAUCCAGAAGAUGAAUGAUAGUAAAUGUGUUGAUGAGAAAACUGUGAAAGCAUCUAGCUAUAAUUAUACAGCACCACUACCUCCUACUUCUGCUGUUCCUAAUCCUACUACAACUACUGUUGCAUCAACUAUUUGUGAUAUUCAAGGUGUGGUGGAACCAAUGCCGGCCGGGAAAUCGACUGUGUUCAUCAAUGAUGUCGCGUUUGAAGUGGCGGUUGGUCCGUUUAACGUUAGAGAGGCGUUCGGUGAUGAUGCGGUGCUGAUCCACUCCUAUGGACAACCGGUGGUGACCAAUGAGUGGGGGGUAACCCUUCAGUCUCUCCAACAUGGUGCAUUUUAUUAUCUGGUGCGUUCGUUCUCAUAUGGCCAGUCCAGCACCAUUGACUUGAUUUAGAAGCCAAAGAGAUGAUGAAAUAGUUUUUGAAGCCAUGUUGAAGAAGAGAUGGUGAAAUAGUUAUAUUUCUUCUUCAAGUGUUUUUAAAUAGUGGUUGUACUUGCACUUCAACUUGGAUCUAGAAGAUAUGUAAGGACUUGUAAUGUAUCACUAACGUGUGUUCAAACUACUUUUAGUUUGUGCUUUACGCAUCUUAUAUU